AUGUCUGGCGCAGAGGAUGAUAAAUCUUCACAUGCUGAGCUUUCGUCCCAGGUUUUUCUUGAUCUUGUGGAUUCAGUGAUAGCUGAUGUAGCAUCCGAGUGUCACCGGAUAGCGCGACUAGGGCUUGAUCGUGACUUGGAGGUAGUAGAAGAAGAGUUGAGGCUGUCAGUGGAAGCGCGUGCCAAGGUCGCUGAUCCUAGCAACAACCUCGAAACCAACACCAAAUUUGUUGUUGAUAUAUUCGGUCAGACCCACCCUCCCGUAGCUAGUGAAGUGCUCAACUGCAUGAACUGUGGGCGUCAAAUCGUUGCAGGAAGGUUUGCUCCUCAUCUGGAAAAAUGCAUGGGGAAGGGAAGAAAGGCUCGUGCCAAGACGACCAGGAGCACAGUCCGAGAGAACGUGAAAGGAGACUGA